UUAUGACGUAUUAUGAAGAGUUCUAAGAAUUAGGCGUUCCUAGAUAAAUUAUAUUAACACGUAAGCAGAGAGAGAGAAAGGGGAGAGAGAUACUAACUUAUUCGUAGGAUUAAAAUAGACCUCAAGAAAUGUUUGAGAGACAACCAAGCCUAGCAAAGAGUGUCAACAGUUUUAAUUCUUGAAUCACACAAAUCCUAACAAGUGGAUUACAAAAAAAACAAAAUGGCAUAUGCUACAACUACCCUAACUGAUGUCCAUAAAGCUGUCUUAAGAGCUUGCCGUGUCAAACUAGAGGAAAGCGUAGAUGUUGAGUACAUCAUGGCGAGAUGUAUACAGGAUGGAGUCAUAUCACAAAAGUCAAAAGCAAAAAUUCUAUCCAAGCAUACACGACAUGAUCAAUGCAGUGCAUUUUUGGAUAUUCUUGAAACCCGUGAUGCCAAGGCUUAUGACGAUUUUGUAUCAUCCCUUCAGGAAGACUAUCCAUUUUUGAAAAACCUACUUGAAAAGGAACUGCGUUCUCAAUCAUUACUGUAUGCAACAAUGAGUCUAACUAUUGCCAAUGAGACAAUUCCCAACAAACUACAACCUAGUGAAGAACAAUCAACCAGAACAUCUGUCAGAAAUGUACAUUCAUUAGUACUUCAGCUUCAAUCUAGUCUUGGUAUUUCAUCAGAUUCUGUAGAUACAACUCACCCUUCCAGUCUACUCAACCAAUUCAAAGAUCUUAAUCUAUCCAAGCCUAAUCUCACACUAAAACAAACUAAGAUUGAGGUACCAGAUUUCUGUUGGGGAAUGUGUUUGAGUCCAUUGGGAGAGAUAGUUGUAUGCAAUUAUGAGCAAGGUAUCAUGGUAUAUAAUCCUGAUUUAACCCUAAAAUUACAGUUUACAGUAGACAAGCGAUGGUCACAUGAUGUAGCAUGCUUCCCUACAGGAGAAAUAAUUGUAAGUUCCAGGACUAACGAUUGUGUUAAAGUAUACAAUAGCAAUGGUGAUUACCAAUCUGAUAUUUGUAAGCAGGUAAAAAACCCAUCGGGUUUAGCAUACAACAACAACCUGGGAUUAAUAGUAAUUGGUGGGGCACCUAACACUAUCAAUAUAUGUACAAACAAAGGAGAGAUCAAACAUACAAUCACAAAUGAAUCAUUCGAAAACCUGUAUAGAGUUCAUGUAAACCCUUAUGAUCUCACUAUUCUAGUAUCUGACAUCGCCACUGAUACUCUGCACUGUUUCACCAAAGAUGGUGGUGAAGUGUUCAAGUAUACUGGCCAUGGAGAUGACAAACUCAAUGAACCCAGGGGUAUCUUUGUGACAAAACAGCACAUACUUUUAGUAGAUACUCUUAAUCAUAGAGUGAUAUUACUCAACCACCAGGGUGGUUACAUUAAGACUUUAUUUACAAAGGAGCAGCAUGGUUUACAUUGGCCUGGUUAUGUCCUGGUAGACAGUACAGGAAACAUCUUGGUUUGGGAGAGCGGUUCAGGGAAAACUCACCUCCAUGUUUUCAAAUUCAGUGAAUAAUUCAAACAUUUAGACAGUAUAUAUAGAACAAACUGAUGGGGAGAGUGCUGCAUUUGAUAAUAGUCUACAUGUUUUCAAAACCAGUGAAUAAUUAAAUCAAUUAGACAGAACAGGGAACAUUCUUGUAGCAUAAAGUGGUUCAUAUGGAAAUAAGUUUGACUUGUCAAAAUCAAUGCAGCCUAAUCUGAUCAACAAUCAAUAAUAUCAUGUGUGAAUUGAACAUGUAUGAUAUAUCACAUCAGCUCAUCCUGGUACUAUUCUAGUAUACUGAACCAAUCUGUUCUGAGAACAACUCCUCCCUAUAUCUUGGGGUAAAGGGGGGGGGGGUGUUUGACAUGACUAAUGCCUUUAUCCACACUCAUACUCUUAACCUGCUUAGAUAUAUUCUGAUUGGUAAGCACCUGAGCAGUGUCAGAUUAUGUUCUGUAUUAUGUUAAUUACAUGCUCAUGUGUGUGAGGUACAAUUAAAUGCACUACAGAUUCAAUUGAUUAUACA